AUUCCCUUUACUUGUUUAAUUUAAUCACCCUUUUUCGUCCUUAAUACACUAUAGUCUCUUUAGCGUUGUUUUGUCGUUGAAUUCUAAGUUGAAGGCCGUUUACUCUCUCUCUCUCUCUCUCUACAUUUUUCAUUUUCAUCUUCCUCUUCCAAUCUCCGCCAAUUGAAUCCCAAUACCCCCCCCAUUCUUUGAAUCUACAUUGAGCCACAUUAUAUUAUACUCGCAAUGGACACAGGAGAGUUGGUACCACCUUGGCUUGAACCAUUGCUAACAACACCGUUUUUCAAUGUGUGUCGGAUUCACGCUGACGCCGCUAGAAAUGAGUGUAACAUGUAUUGCUUAGAUUGCAAUGGCGAUGGUGCCUUUUGUUUUUAUUGUCGUUCUUCAAGACACAAAGAUCAUCAAGUCAUUCAGAUAAGAAGAUCUUCGUAUCAUGAUGUAGUGAGGGUGUCAGAAAUUCAGAAAGUGUUGAACAUAAGUGGAGUACAAACAUAUGUGAUAAAUAGUGCUCGAGUUUUGUUCUUGAAUGUGAGGCCUCAACCAAAAUCUGGAAAAGGAGUUGCUCACAUUUGUGAGAUUUGUGGAAGGAGCCUGUUGGAUUCAUUUCGGUUCUGUUCUUUGGGAUGUAAGCUUGAAAGAAUAAAGAAAAAUGGAGAUGCAAGCUUUGGUUUGGAUGGUAAGAAUGAAGCAAUGAGAAUGGAAGGGGUGUCAAGUAGAACAACAGAAGAAGAAUUGCGUGAAAGCUCAACACAAGAUAUGUAUCCUGUCACGCCUCCUCCACCUCCUUUAAAUGCAAGGAGAAGAAAAGGUAUUCCUCAUAGGGCACCUUUUGGAUCCUAAUUCUAAUGGAUACCUUCUACACUCCAAAUUGGUACAUAUUCAAUAUUCACCUUUGGAUCAUUUUUUCCUUGGAAUACAAUACAACCUCUAUUUGGUGGGAAAACCCUAUUAUCAUUAUUAUUAUUAUUAUUAUUAUUAUUUUACAAUAAAAGUGAAAAAAAUAUCACAGGAGCCUUUGGAAGGGGUUUUGUCCAAGGUCCAUGAUUUGGAAAAGAAAAGGAAAGGGUAUAUAGGAAAGCUCCUUCUUUUCCGGUUUGGGUCCCUUAAAAAAAACAAUUUCUCCCUUGUGAAGAACCAAUAAUGCAUAUUUGUUUAAUAAUUUAUUUAUUUAUUUAAUAUAGUUGCGGGUAUACAUGUCAUUAACAAAUUAAAAAGCAAGUCUUUGUGGAGUCCGUUUUAUAGUUUCAUAUUCAUUGCCCCACCAUUCACAUGGGCCGUUUACAAAAA